GGCGGCGGGGCAGGUGGCGGCUACGACCUGGGUCCGCGCGGCUUUCCCGGUGGGACCUGGGGUCGGACGCCCCUCCGCCGAUCCCGGGAGCUUGGUGACGUGCGCGGUGAGCCGGGACUCGGGGUGGACCCCACGCGUGAACAAGCUUGUUGCCCACAGUUGCCCCCUCCCCGUCUAACGCAGCAGCACGCCCCGCACGGAGCCUGGCGUGAGAUGGCGCUGAGCCCCCAGCCAGCGAGCAGCUUCCCCGAGCCAUCUGCUGCCCCCAAUGCAUCCCUCAACAGCUCGUGGGCCAGCCCCACGGAGCCCAGCUCCCUGGAGGACCUGGUGGCCACGGGGGCCAUCGGGGCGGUGCUCUUGGCCAUGGGCGUGGUGGGUGUGGCCGGCAACGUGUACACACUGGUGGUCAUGUGCCGCUUCCUGCAUGCCUCGGCCUCCAUGUACGUCUAUGUCGUCAACCUGGCGCUGGCUGACCUACUCUACCUGUUCAGCAUCCCCUUCAUCGUGGCCACCUAUGUCACCAAGGAGUGGCACUUCGGCGACAUGGGCUGUCGAGUUCUCUUCAGCCUGGACUUCCUGACGAUGCACGCCAGCAUCUUCACCCUGACCGUCAUGAGCAGCGAGCGCUACGCAGCAGUGCUGAGGCCCCUGGACACGGUGCAGCGCUCCAAGGGUUACCGCAAGGUCCUCGCCCUGGGCACGUGGCUGCUGGCGCUGCUGCUGACGCUGCCCAUGAUGCUGGCCAUCCGACUGGUCCACAGGGGCCACAAGAGCCUCUGCCUCCCUGUGUGGGGCCCACGUGCCCACCGCGCCUACCUGACCCUGCUCUUCGGGACCAGCAUCGUGGGGCCAGGCACGGUCAUCGGGCUGCUGUAUGUGCGCCUGGCGCGGGCCUACUGGCUGUCCCAGAGGGCCUCCUUGAUGCAGACACGGCGGCUGCCCAACCCCAGGGUGCUCUACCUCAUCCUGGGCAUCGUGCUGCUCUUCUGGGCCUGCUUCCUGCCGUUCUGGCUGUGGCAGCUACUGGCCCAGUACCACGGGGCCCAGCCGCUCACGCCGCGCACUGCACGCAUCAUCAACUACUUGACCACCUGCCUCACCUAUGGCAAUAGCUGCGUCAACCCCUUCCUCUACACGCUGCUCACCAAGAACUACCGCGAGUACCGCCAGCGCUCGCUCCUCGCCAGGGGCGCCCGAGGGCCCACCGCUGCCGGCCACUCCCUGCUGUGCCGCGUCCGUUUCCAGCGCAGCUCCGGCCGCUCACUGUCCUCCAGCAGCCAGCAGGCCACCGAGACCAUCACCCUGUCCCAGGCAGCCUCUAGAGUGGUCUGCGCCUGAGCGCCCCGAGGCCUCACAUGAGCACCAGGGGUGAGAGGUGGCAGUGGCUUGUGUCCUGUAGGGAAAGGCCCCAGAAUUCGGUCUGCCCCCUGGAGCCCCUCCUAGGCCCCCAAAGCCUCUGCCACUUAGUCUUCAUCCAGAAAGUUCCCUGCUCUCCCUUCUCAGUUCAGCAUUAGCAGCCCAGCCAUCUCCCUGGUACCCAGACCGUCUAGGAGGGUGUGUGGGAGGGUCUGAGGGUCAGGCCCAGAACCAGAUUCUGAAGACCACGGCCCACAGAGUCUUCACCACCCACAGCAGUAGACGUGAGCGCCUGGCCAGGGCCUGCUGGGACCUGUGGCAGGCAUGUUCCUCUCCUGGCUGGGGUGUGCUCCCUGUGGCGCUGCUGUCCUGUGACCCAUCCCUGUCCCUGUCCCUGUUCCUGACCCUCCCAGCUCCCAUGUGGCUCCAUUCUGCACAGUGUCAGCACUAGAACAAUAAACCCUGAGCCCUGCA